AUGCCCCAUCUCGUCACGGUUGCCACCUGCAAUCUGAACCAGUGGGUUCUUGAUUGGGAGGGCAACCUCUCCCGGAUCAUCGAGUCUAUCCAUAAGGCGAAGGCCGCGGGCGCCCGCCUGCGUGUCGGGCCUGAACUCGAGAUCUGCGGCUACUCCAGCUUGGACCACUUCCAUGAAUUGGACGUCUACACCCAUAGCAUGGAAAUGCUUCGCCGUUUGCUGCUGGACAAGAGCUGUCACGAUAUCAUCAUCGAUGUGGGCAUGCCCGUGCUGCAUCGCAAUGUGAGAUACAACUGCCGGGUCAUCUGCCUCAACGGGAAGAUUCUCUUGAUCAGACCCAAGAUGUGGCUUGCAAAUGACGGCAACUACAGGGAAAUGCGUCACUUUACACCUUGGAUGCGUCCCCGUGAGACUGAACUCUUCCACCUGCCUAAGAUGCUGGCUGAGGUUCAGGGAGAGACUCACGUUCUCUUUGGCGAUGCCGUCAUCUCUACCCCGGAGACCUGCAUCGGAGCAGAAACUUGCGAUAUGGCUCUCGAUGGUGUUGAAAUCUUUACGAACUCGAGUGGCAGCCACUUGAACGGUGACAUCGUUGCCCAAGGCUCUCAGUUCAGCCUCAACGACGUCGAGGUCGUCACCGCUACCGUCGACCUUGACGAAGUCCGGUCCUACCGGGCUGCUAUCUCUCGCGGUCUCCAGGCUGCAACCUCCAAUGCCAAGUACAAGCGUAUUGAGACGCCAUUCGAGCUGAGCUCCGAGGAUGAGGACAUGGACGUUGGCGUGGCCCCGACCCUGCCCAUCCAGCCCCGCUUCCAUUCCGUCGAGGAGGAGAUUGCUUUGUGUGGCGGUUGCUAUCUCUGGGAUUAUCUCCGCCGCUCCGGUGCUGCUGGUUACUUAGUUCCUCUGAGCGGCGGUAUCGACUCUUGUGCCACCGCAGUGAUCGUGUACUCCAUGUGCCGCAUCGUCAUGCAAGCAGUGCGGGAGGGAAAUCAGCAGGUCAUCGAAGAUGUCAAGCGCAUUGCGCGCUACAAGGGUGAAGGAGUGUUGCCCAACACCCCACAAGAGCUGUGCAAUCAGGUCUUCACCACCAUCUACAUGGGCAUGAAGAAGCAGAGCUCUCGGGAGACCCGGCAGCGCGCGCGCGAUCUCUCCGACGCCAUCGGCAGCUACCAUGUCAACAUUGACAUCGACGAGGUCUAUGAGGCGCAAAAGAAGCUUAUCAUCAACGCAUUGAACUUCGAACCGAAGUUCAAGGUCGAGGGCGGCACCGUCCAGGAAAACCUUACCUUGCAGUGCCUUCAGGCCAGAAUCAGGAUGGUGACAGCGUACGAGUUUGGCCAGAUCCUACCCACGGCCAGGGGGAGACCAGGCGGUGGCAGCCUCCUGAUUCUGGGCAGUGCCAACGUUGGCGAGAGUCUUCGUGGCUACCUGACCAAGUAUGACUGCUCGAGCGCCGAUAUCAAUCCCAUCGGCUCGAUUGACAAGGCCGACUUGAAGCGCUUCAUUGCUUGGGCCGAGAAGAACUUUGACCUCCCUUGCCUGCAUGACUUCCUGACGGCUGUCCCGACUGCCGAGCUGGAACCCAUCACCGAGAACUAUGUUCAGAGUGAUGAGGCAGACAUGGGCAUGACCUAUCAGGAGCUGACCAUCUUUGGACGGCUGCGCAAGCUCAACAAGCUUGGUCCCUUCGCUAUGUUCCAGCGGCUGGUGCAUGACUGGAGCCUUGAUCGCGAGAAGGUCCCUGGAGAUGAUGCUCCGUUCUAUACGCCGAGGGAGGUUGCGGAUAAGGUCAAGAAGUUUUUCCACUUCUAUGCUAUUAACCGGCAUAAGAUGACCACUCUAACUCCGGCACUGCAUUGCAAUGACUAUUCUCCUGAUGACAACCGCUUCGACUUGCGCCCGUUCCUCUAUCCGCCUUUCUGGAAGAGCUGGAGCUUUAAGCGGAUUGACAUGGAGCUGGAGCGUAUCGAGAGGAAGAGGGCGGCGAAGAAAGCUUAG